CAUUGCAUCCUCUACUGCUUACUCUCCUCCACGCGCCGCAAAACGGCAAAAGGACACAACCGCCGGUCCUCGAUGGAGAACGGCGCCGGCAACGAAGCCGCCGCCGCGUGGAACUUCGCUCCGAACGACUCCCUCCUCGGCGUGACGGCGCUCUCGGUGCGCGGCGUGCUGGGCAGCAUAAAGGCCGGGAUGGUGGAGGACAGCGGCGGCGGCGACGGCGAGCGGCCGGUGAUCCCGCUGGGGCACGGCGACCCGUCGGCGUUCCCGUGCUUCCGGACGGCGCCGGAGGCCGUGGACGCUGUCGCCGGCGCGCUCCGAUCCGGGGAGUACAACUCCUACGCCAACGCCACUUGCGUCGGCCUCAAGCUGGCACGAAGGUCUAUAUCGCAGUACUUGUCACGCGACCUUCCCUACGAGCUAUCAGCCGACGACGUCUACCUCACGAGCGGCUGCACCCAAGCCAUCGAGAUCGUCUGCUCCGUCCUGGCUCGCCAUGGCGCCAACGUCCUGCUCCCAAGGCCAGGCUACCUGUUCUACGAGGCGCGCGCCGUCCUCAACGGCAUGGAGGCCCGGUACUUCGACCUUGUGGCAGAGAGAGGCUGGGAGGUUGACCUUGAUGGCGUGCAGGCACUUGCUGACAGGAACACGGUUGCCAUGGUCAUCGUCAACCCGGGGAACCCCUGUGGCAACGUCUACACCUAUGAGCAUUUGGCCAAGGUUGCGGAGAUGGCGAGGAAGCUUGGCAUCUUUGUGAUCGCGGAUGAGGUGUAUGCACACUUGACAUUUGGGGAGAGGAAAUUUGUGCCUAUGGGCGUGUUCGGCUCGGUGGCGCCGGUGCUCACUCUGGGAUCCAUAUCGAAGAGAUGGGUGGUGCCUGGAUGGAGACUUGGCUGGAUAGUAACCAAUGACCCUAAUGGCGUGUUUCGCAAAACCAAGGUAGUGGACAGCAUCAAGAGUUACCUUGACAUCUCCACUGAUCCUGUAACUUUUGUCCAGGGAGCAAUUCCACAGCUCAUCGAAAACACUAAGCAAGAAUUUUUUGAUAAAACCGUCGAGGUUCUAAGACAAACUGCGGAUAUAUGCUGGGAGAAGCUGAAGGGAAUCAGUUGCAUCACUUGCCCCAGCAAACCUGAGGGUUCAAUGUUUGUAAUGGUGAAACUGGAUCUGUCUUGCCUGGAAGACAUCAAAGAUGAUAUGGAUUUCUGCUGCCGGCUUGCAAAGGAAGAAUUGGUGGUGGUUUUACCAGGAUGUGCUGUGGGAUACAAGAACUGGCUCCGGAUUACCUUUGCAAUCGCACCAUCUUCUCUUCAUGAUGGCCUUGACAGGCUCAAAUUGUUCUGCUUGCGACACAGCAAGCCAGAGAUGUAACCUGAUAAGCUUGAAGUAUUCAAGAAGUGAUAUGACAAGCAAUAAGGAUUAGUGCAGAUCCCUGCUAAGAUAAGGUUUCUGCUUCUCAGUCAUCAUUUGAUAUGGUUACAACUCUAGUUGUAACCCAAGUGUGCAUAGGUGCACCGUUUUCUGUUAUGGAAUAAAUGACAAAUUAUAUGA